AUGGAGGUCGAUAGUGCCGGAGGCAUCCAAGAGCAAGUGAACGACGGAGCGCCCUACUUAGGUAGGACAAAGAAGCAUGCAUUAUUCUGCCUUAAGGUGCAACGCGAAGAACUGGUUUCAAGUUCAAAGGAACGCCAGGAAACAGAGGAGAUGAGCAUAAGUCUGCUGAACGUCGGCACUACUGUCAAGAGCAUGGGAAAGGACGUGUCUCAAAAUAAACGUCCAUCUGAUCCAAAGAUGUCCAAUAUUCUCUGA